AUGGGCAAUGAUAACAGUAGUGCAAUUACAAUUGAUGUUGACCGAAAUAAUUUGUUUUAUUAUUCUGGUGAAACUGUAUCUGGAAUAGUUAGAUUAAAUAUUACAGAAGAAACGUUAGAAACACGUGAAAUAUACAUAAGUUUGAUCGGUGAAAUUGGUUAUACAACAACUCGAUCUGCUUUAAAUGGUAAAGGUGGAUCUUUACCACGAAAUGAAUAUUAUAAGAUUCAAUUUUAUUAUAAAAAAGUUAGUUUAUCUGGAUCUAGUAUAACACAACAAGAAUUUAUUUAUGAUCGUGGACGUUAUGCAUGGUUAUUUCAAAUUCCAUUAAUUGAUAAUCUUCCACCAACUAUCAAUCAACCUGAUAUAUUUCCACGUGUUCGAUAUUUUUUACAAGUUGUUAUUGAUAAAUCAUGGUAUACAUCAAAUAUAAAAUAUAAAAAAUAUUUAACAGUAUAUCCACGUGUUAAUUUAUUAGAAAAUCCUCAAUGUUUAUCACCAUCUAUAUUCGAAUUCGAAAAUAGAACAGAUAUUAAAUUAAAGGCAACUUUUAAUAAAUUAGGAUAUGUUUCUGGUGAAAAUAUUCAAUUUACAUUAGAAAUUCAAAAUCCACGAAAAGUUUUAAUUUUACAUAGUAAUCUUUCAAUAUUAAAAUGUUAUCAAAUUGAAAAAAAAAUCGAUGAAUGUAUUGUAUAUAAAACUAUAUUACCAAAAAUUGUAAAUUUAACAAAUGAACAUAUAAUGGAAAGAUUUUCGAUAAAAAUUCCUUCUAUACAAUUUCCUCCUUCAUAUAAAUUUCAAGGAGAAAACCCAAACAUUUUCGUUCAUAUUUAUUAUAUGCUUAAACUUACAGUUAAAGUUGGAGGAAUAUUUACUAAUUUUCAUAUUAAUGUUCCAAUUACACUAGGAACUGAACCAAAUUCUGAUUUAAGUCAACAACAAUCAUUUAAUCCUUUAAGUAUAUCCUAUUCAUCAAAUCGUGAACAAUCAAUAUUUAAUGAUGAUGAUUCACCACCUGACUAUGAUUCUGUUAUGCAAAGUUUACAAUAA